CCGACAACACACUUCCACUCCCGAGUCCUAAAGACAGCGCCUGCCUCGGAUUAGCAAAUUCGAAGAAACCACGGGGGCGGGGCUCGCAUCUUAUUACGCAUGCGCAUUCUCUUCUCACUGAGUGGCAAGCGCCUUACGCUUUCUCCCCUCCUCCAAGAGCCCCCUUAGCAACGGUCACCGUUGAGACGGAGGGAGACGCCUCCAGCGGAUUGGCUACACCCGACCUCUGCAGCGUAGAUUGGCUGAAGCGUCGACAGAGGGCCAGGCCUUGGCAGUCGCUGUCCGAGAAGCGGCUGUCCCAGAACCGAGGCAGGGCCGAACCUGCGGUGACCUGCGGCACAGAGGAGCGACAAGAUGAUCCGCCAGAAGUCCAUCCAACUCCAGGGGCUGAAAAUGCAGUCGGAGAUUGAACAGCACUCCGAACUGCGGCGAGAACCCGAGAAAGACCUCUGCUCAUUGGAUGACUCGGCCAUGCGGAUGCGAACGAGUGUGCGGACCGAGUUGGGGACCGUGGCCUCGGUGGACGCAGAUGAAGAUCCUGCAGCAAACUUGUUCCCGCCGCCGCUGCCCCACCCCCGGAUCUGCAUAUGGAAGUACCUGAACAUCCAUUCCAUGCACAGGCUGGAGAAGACAGCCAACGUUGAGGAGAUGAGGGAGGUGCUGGCCGAGCUGUUGGGGCUGACCUGUCCUGAGCAGAGCCUGCGGGAUGCUAUCACACUGGACCUCUUCUCCCAUGUACUCAUCUUCUGCCGCCAGCAGGGCUUCUCACUGGAGCAGACAUCAACAGCUUGUGCCCUGCUCCAAGAUCUUCACAAGGCCUGUAUCGCAACCCCCUUGGGCAACGUGGAGGAAUGUUACCGCUACUUCACCAGUGUUCUUUUUUGCCAUGGAGUCAGGCGACCCCCCUUCAGUAUCAACCUUUUUAAGGAGGAACAGCUGCUGGCCCUGGCGGAUUAUGUGGUCAACACCUACUUCCGCCACUUCAAGCUCUACAAAUAUGUCUUCACACCGCAGGUGCGGCUGGACCUAUCUUUGACCUACAUGGGGCUACAGCCACCCAAGCUCUGGCCAGAGGAUGAGACAGAGAAAGAAGAGGGUGAAGAGGUGGAGAAGCAGGCAGUCACCCCACAGAAGGAGGAACCUGAAACGGUGGUCCAGCCAGAGCAAGAGCCAAGCCAGGUCUCCGUCCUCCGAGCCUACAUCAAGACCCAGAUGAACAAGGAGCUGCAGCAGCUCCAACAACUGAUAGAGGAGAAGCUCAGGGCCAGUGAGGAAAAGCUCAGCAGCAAGCUGACCGCACUCGAGCGGCCCCUCCAGCUCCCUCCAGGCAAAGGCAAGAACAAGACCAAGUGACCCCCAGCGUUUUCCCCAAUAAAGGCCUGGGCCAUAGCAGCACUCCCUACCCCCCAACUCCGGAGCACCUUCUGGGCUUCCCUGAUGAAGCAAGACACCAGAUACAGGGCACUAGCCUUCCCUGGUGUGCAGCAGAUUUUAUUGCGGACGUGGCACAGGCAGCACCGACAAGGCCAGGUGUGGCACUCUGGGUGGCUCUCUCCCACCUCAGCUCUGAUCUCAAAGCCCUGGCCAGCUGGGGACGGUGUACAGGGUUGGUCUCUCUGAUAUUGUGAUCCGGGCUGGGCCUGGCCAGGCAUGGAGGCCCAAGGUCAGAGCCCAGAGCGGCUGGAAUGAUAAAAAUCCUCCUCCUGGAGGGUUCUGCUUUGGGAUUCCUCAGGGCUGAAGUGCUAGCCCAGCACCAGCAUGGUCUCGUCCUCAGCAAUAGUAGCUGAGUCCCCCUCCUCUUCAGGGCCCAUCAUGGGCAAAGGCCCAGGGGGCCGGUGCUGGAAGAGGGCCGCCCGGUUCUGCUGCUCGCCCUUCUUCACCCAGUGUCCAUAGAGCCGGAAGGCACAGCUGUCGAUGAGGCGGCGCACUGGCCGCAGCGCAUAAGGGUCCCUCAACAGUGCACUCUUGGU